AUGCGUCAGCACCUGCGCAGAAAGGCUAAGAAAUACGCCGGACCAGGUGCUCUGUACACCAUGUGUGCUUUUAGUACAGAGACACAGGUGGACCGUGACCUGACUGAACAGCGCCCUGCUCUCCCCCACUCGGUGUCCCUCCCCUUGCCCUCCCCGCCGCCUUCAUCUGGUCCCCGGGCCCCGCGCCGGGAGGAGGGUCGGGCGGGGUCUCAGCCCCCCGCGCCCGCAGGCUCCCACUCCCUGAGGUAUUUCGACUCCGCGGUGUCGCGGUCGGUCCGCGGGGAGCCCCGCUUCAUCUCCGUGGGCUACGUGGACCACACGCAGUUCGUGCGGUUCGACAGCGACUCCGCCAGUCGGAGGGCUGAGCCGCGGGCGCCGUGGAUGGAGCAGAUGGAGCAGAUUUAUUGGGACCAGCAGACUCAGAUCUUCAAGGACAGCGCUCAGGCUUUCCGAUGGAACCUGAACACCCUGCGGGGCUACUACAACCAGAGCGAGGCCGGGUCUCAUACCAUCCAGAGCAUGUACGGCUGUGACGUGGGGCCCGACGGGCGCCUCCUCCGCGGGUACCGUCAAUACUCCUACGAAGGCGCGGAUUACCUCGCCCUGAACGAGGACCUGCGCUCCUGAACCGAGGCGGACACGGCGGCGCAGAUCUCCCGGCGCAAGUGGGAGGCGGCCGGUGAGGCAGAGCGCUGGAGGAACUACCUGGAGGGCACGUGCGUGGAGUUGCUCUGCAGGUACCUGGAGAAUGGGAAGGAGACGCUGCUGCGCGCAGAACCCCCCAGUACACACGUGACCCGCCACCCCACCUCUGAAGGUAAUGUCACCCUGAGGUGUUGGGCUCUGGGCUUCUACCCUGCGGAGAUCACCCUGACCUGGCAGCGAGAUGAAGACCAGGAUGCGAAGUGUGUGGAGACCAGGCCUGCAGGAGAUGGAAACUUCCAGAAGUGGUCGGCUGUGGCGGUGCCUUCUGGACAGGAGCAGAGAUACACAUGCCAUGUGCAGCAUGAGGGGCUGCCCAAGACUGUCACCUUGAGAUGGGGUAAGGAGGGUUUUGGGUAGAGCCUCUUCUCAGGGAAAGCAAAAGGCCUUCUGGAGAACUUCAGCAGGGCCAGGACACUUACCAGAGCUCUGGACCCUCACCUUCUC